CACACAACUCAUUCUGCCUACGUAAACAGCAACAAACUUGGAGUUUAAAGCUAAAAAACGGUGCAUUACUGAAAACUUAGCAUGUUGACAACUGAAGAUGGAGCCAAAAUACACAUUUACAGCUGGAAAUCCCGAUCAUUCAACAGCCCCGGCAUUCAAUUCCAAAACGGUCCCCCAGGGAGACGUGUCAACACCAAAGCCUUGCAUCUGAGCUCCGGACCCCAACGCUGCAGAAAUACGGGCCCAUCAUGUUACUUCAGCUUUGUCAGACAAGCCGUCCUGUGGAACAGAGGACAGAAUCAUGCGGUUAUCAAGCAUGACAACGACCCUCCACCCUUGUGUUCUCGUUUUCAGGCCCAUAUGGAGGCAUGUCCUGUCAGAUUUAGACCCCCACAUUUCCUAAACAGUUAUCCCAGAGCAAGGCCUAUUACUCAUCCGGGGCAAAAACAACGACAGCAGAGUCUAAGUGCUCCACAGCCUCAAAAAUGGCCAGAUUUCAGGAACCACCAAAAUGUGAAUAAUUGCAGAAAGAGCCAAUUUGAUGUGGUACUGCCCUUUGUACCUGAACCUCCUAAUUCAAGCAGAGCUUCUCUAGAUCUCCCAAUAAGUCCUCCACUAUCCCUCAAGUUCGUUGACAAGCCUCAGAGAUCCCAAACUCCCAAAACAAACACACACCCAACCAAUGAAAAGGAUCCAUACUGUGCUCCACAAAAUCUGAAUGAAGGGCAGCAUGAAACGCCUGAAGAAAAGAUAUUGACCCCAACAACUCUCUCCACGCCGACAACCCCAAGCAUCCCAGACACCCCCACUACUCCAGGCACCCAAAGUACCCCAAGUACACCAAUAACCCCAGGCACUCCAAGUUCUUCUGUCACCCCACUUUCAGAUUUCAGCCGCCCUUCAUCCAGCCAGUUUAGCCGUAGCACUGACCUGAACAGUAGCCUGUCAGAUGCCAUGUCAGUGAACUUCAGUGUUGACCAUUUUGCUGAAAUUGGUAUAGAUGACGAAGACGAUGCUGCUUAUAACCUUGACCAGAUAAAUGAUUAUCAAGAGGGCUGCUCUACUUCACCCAAUCUUCCCUUCAGUUCUGCUGGAAGUUGCAGCCAAGCCAACUCACGAAUGGACAUCCUUCAAGCAUGUCUCUUCAGGUCUCUGACAUCCUGCAAACAACAAACACCUUCCACUUGCUUGCCAGACACUCCAAUUUACACCUCUAAAACCCCUCAAUCACACCAAACCCCAGCCGGUCAAUGGUCCACAGAUGAAACCAUGCAUGGACACCCAGGAACAAGCCAAUCUGGCCAGAGCAUUCAGUCACUGAAGUCUGGUUGCUCAGCUCUGGAGAGUUGGUCAGAGUGGAAUAACUGGCCUGUGCUUCCUCCCAUCAUGCCUCAGGAAGAUGACAUGCAAGGUCAGAGUGCAACAGAGGACACCCCGGACUCCCAGUCUAACAGGUCUCAGUCUGAUAUGUUUGCUGAGCUGGAUGAUCUUGCCCCUCGCUCUGACUCCUGUGUGUCCCCAGACCACCCAGCUGGAAGUCAAACUGACCAAUCCUCACCUGCCUCAGAUUUGAGUCCUGGACUUGCCGCGCUGACUGUGGGAUGUGAUUCGGGUGAUUUGGGAUCUUUGUCCCGUGUGCAACUCUUGCUACUGGAGCGAAGAGUAUCCGAAAGUCAUUGUUCCAUCCCAAGCCCUGAAUGGUGUUGCACUCCAGAAGCAGAGGAGUAUGAACCUGACCUCAGAGUCUGGAGCUCGGGCAUUCCCCAAUAUUAUCAGUCCACAGUCCUGGACAACCACAAACAAUUAGGUGGCAGAAACAGUGGCCAUGAUUCUUUGGCAACAUGCAAGGGACGCAGAAAGCGCCCCGGGCUCAUCAGUGAAGGAAGUGGAUCAUCAUCCUCUUGUUCUGUCAGCUCAAAAGAAACUGAGAGCAAAAACCAAGAGAAAUCGGUUUGUGAGGACCAAGAUAAAGAAGUCCCACCUUAUUUGACAACUCUUCCUCCAAGUGCUUUGCUGACAGAAAGUCCAGAAGAUGAGAAAAGCUUUCUGGUCCCACUCUGCCCUGCGAUCUCUGACCAUGCUGAAGAGCCCAAAUACAGGUCUGACAGACUCAGAGAGAAAAGGAAGAGGAAGAAGGAGAUCAAGAAGACUAAAGAGAGGAAGAAUAAAGCCUUGCAGAUUUACUCCAAACUACAAGAUGGGAAAGAGCCAACCGAGACCACCGAUCAAAGCUCUUGCUCCAAGUUUGAAGACUUCGAUUUUCUGGCUAAGUACUGCAUCCUCAAUCAGGAAAAGCUGUCCGUUUACAAAAGGGCUUUUGAGGCAGCUGAUAGCGAUGGAGAUGGUUAUCUGAGCUGUCUGCAAGUACUUCUGGCCCUCAAAGAGAUCAUUCCUCCAGAACUUCUGACUGAAGAAGAAGAAAUAUAUGUUUACAGGAUUCUGGAGCUGGUUGAUUUCCGAGUGACCGAAGGCCUUACGGAUCUGCGCCUGUUUGCUGUAGUAGCCAGUCUGGCCCAGAAAAUAGCCACGCUAGACGACUUCAUGCGCUCCCUCAUCAGCAAGUUGGAUUUCAAGUCCCUGCAGAUGAAGCUUUACAAAGCCAAGCAGUUGUUCCUGUUCCUGCUGGAGGCUCAGACAGGGGGCACUGUGGCACCAGAGGGCCGCAUUGAGGCUGAGCAGCUGCUGGUGGAGCUCAAGGCAGGAGGCAUUAGGCCAGAACAUGAGGCAUCGGUAAGACGUGAACUUCGCAAUCUGCACUCUCUCGACCUUCUUGACUUCCUCGCUCACCUGCCCCUCUUCAUCCUCAUCCACAACUCUGUCAUUGCAAACCCUUUCGAUGACUCCAGCAACCUAUGAUGGCAUCAACAAGCAACUCCAGUUGGUACAUUAAC